AUGUCCUCCCUCGCCGCCCGCAGCGCCCUCCGGACAGCAGCACGCAGUGUCCAGCGAACAGCCACUCCGCUCCGCUCCACCUCCAUCCUCGCCCAAAAGUCCUUCUCGCAGCAGCCCGCCAGACAGUCGCAGAGUAUACGGGCCUUCUCAGCUUCAAUGGCUCCCAAAUCCAACCUGCCCGACCAGGCGGUGAAGCAGGACUACGACUACGAGAUCAAGGACACUGCGCAGUAUGUGCACAACUACAAGGUUGAUUCCGAGCUUGCGCUUGACACUGCCCGCUUCGUCUUCCUAGAUACUCUCGGCUGCGGUCUGAAAGCCCUCGAGUUCCCUCUAUGCAAACAACUCCUCGGACCGGUUGUUCCUGGCACACAAGUCCCCAAUGGCACCCGCGUGCCAGGGACACCCUACGUCCUCGACCCAGUGUUGGGAGCUUUCAACAUUGGAGCUAUGAUCAGAUGGCUGGACUUCAACGACUGUUGGCUGGCAGCUGAGUGGGGACACCCAUCAGACAACCUGGGUGCCAUCUUGUCCGCUGCCGACUACAUCAACAGGACCAACCAGUCUGGUUCGCAGAAGAUCAACGGCGGCAAGAUUUUCACGGUCAAGGACGUUCUUGAGGCCAUGGUCAUGGCACAUGAGAUCCAGGGUUGCAUGGCUCUGGAGAACAGCUUCAACAAGGUCGGUCUGGACCACGUCGUACUGGUCAAGGUUGCGUCAACCGCAGUGGUAGCAAAGAUGUUCGGCCUCGACGAAACUCAAACCCGCGACGCCAUCUCGCAAGCCUGGGUCGACGGCCAGUCCCUCCGAACGUACCGUCAUUCCCCCAACGCUAUGUCCAGGAAGUCCUGGGCAGCCGGAGACGCCUGCGAGCGCGCCAUCAACCUCGUCCUCAAGGUCCAGCGCGGCGAGAAGGGUGUCCCCACCGUCCUCACCACCCCCGUCUGGGGCUUCUACGACGUCAACUUUGGCAACAAGAACUUCCGCUUCCAGCGUCCCUACGGCUCCUACGUGAUGGAGAACGUGCUCUUCAAGGUCUCCUACCCCGCCGAGUUCCACUCUCAAACCGCGAUCGAAGCUGCACAGCGCUUGAACAAGAAGCUGAAAGCCAUGGGCAAGACCGCUGAGGAUAUCGAGGAGGUCACUAACCGCACGCAUGAAGCCUGCAUCCGCAUCAUCGACAAGCAGUUCAAGCCCAUGGAGAACUACGCCGACCGUGACCAUUGCGUACAAUACAUGUGCUCCGUGAUGUUCAACUACGACCGCCUGGAAGCAACAGACUACAACGACGACUCCGAAGCCGCCAACUCCCCGCUUGUAGAGUCCCUGCGCCAAAAGAUCAAGUGCGUCGAAGACCCGCAGUUCACCGCCGACUACCACGACCCGGAGAAGCGGACGAUCUCGAACGCGCUCACGGUCCGACUAAAGGACGGCACGGUGCUGGACGAAGAGGUCGUGGAGGCGCCGCUCGGACACCGCUUGAGAAGAGAAGAGGCCAAGCCGGAGAUCCUGGCCAAGUACAAGAGGCAUAUCGAGCCGCAUUUCUCGGCGGAGCAUACAAAGAAGCUGGUGGAUUUGGGGAAUGACCCGCAGACGUUGUAUGGGAUGCCGGUGCAUGAGUAUGUGGAUUUGUAUGUUAAGGAUCAGGUGUUGUAG